GACCACAAUUUCCAUAUCCUCGAUGUAUUAUUCAUUAAUACACCAUAUAUAUAAUUUCACACCGUAUAAUAUGUUUAUCUUUCGUUUUCCUCAUACAGUUGGGCUAUGAUCAUUUAAUUAAAACAUGCAAUAAGCUUGAUUAUAUAUGUAAUAAUGAUCGUCCUUUGGGACCUUUGCAUGUCGUGAUCAUGAUUAGAAACUUCCUCUUAAAUGAUCACGAGGAUCCAAACUAGCAUGGGGCACCAAAAUAAUAUGCUCUUGCUAUAUCUUUCUAAUUAUAUACUUGUGGCUAUCUUUCAUUCCAUUGUGGAUCGAUCGAAUGGCCUCAUCAUCAUCAAGUUGCCCAAAUAAUGCAUAUAAUUAUUAUAUAUAUACACACACCACACCUAGCUUAUUACUCAUACCAACAAAAGCUGAUCAGAAUCAUCAUUAAUAUAGCAUAUCUAGUUAUAUUAUGAAGAUGAUUCACAUUAUCUUCCUUGUAGUUUCUAUCUUAUUCUCCACCUCAAACGCUCUGACUCAGGACUUUUGCGUGGCUGACGUGAAAGCCUCAGACACCCCAGCAGGCUUUCCAUGCAAGAACGCCGCUGAUGUCACAGUCGACGAUUUCGUGUUCGAUGGCCUCAAAAUGUCCGGAAACACAACCAACAUUAUCAGCGCCGCAGUAACACCAGCAUUCGUGGCUCAGUUCCCUGGUCUGAACGGUCUCGGCUUGUCCAUGGCUAGGCUCGACUUGGCUCCCAAAGGAGUCAUCCCGUUCCACACUCACCCUGCUGCUUCGGAGAUACUUGUGGUGUUGAGAGGCGCUAUCACGGCUGGCUUCGUGUCAUCAUCGGCCAACACGGUUUACGUGAAGACACUUAGGAAAGGAGAUAUCAUGGUUUUCCCACAAGGGUUACUCCAUUUUCAGUUGAAUACUGGUAAAACUCAUGCUAAUGCUUUUGUUAGCUUUAACAGCCCUAACCCUGGUCUUCAAAUCCUUGAUUUUGCUUUGUUUGCCAAUAAUUUGCCAUCUUCUUUGGUGGGGGCUACCACUUUCCUCGACCUUGCUCAAAUCAAGAAGCUCAAGUCUGUUCUUGGUGGGUCCGGCUAAUUAAGCUUAUUGAUUUUUUUUAAUUUUUGUUUGUUUGUUUUAAUUAAGUGCAUUGAUUUUUAUGUCUAGUACGUUACGUACGUACGUUUUUAUACGUACUUACGUAGCUAGUUCGAUUGAUUGUAAAUCGUUUUGGUUUACGAGUAAUAAUAAUCUGUUUGAUGAGCUGUUCCAUGUAUGCGCCCAAUUAUGAUUCGUGGUAUUUAUUAUCAUGAAUGAUUGUUUAUGGAUUUUUUUAUUCAUCA